AAAUUAUUGGUCACGUGACAAACCGAGGCGAAAUGUCAAUUUUGUGUGUGCUACGCUUUAACGGUGAUUUAAUUGCCUUUGCGUGAUAAACGUGAUUGUUAUCUUCUGUGUGUAUUCGUGCUGAGUAAGUAACAUACCCAUGUGCUUAGUGGCAUUGCAUCUGGACGCCGUAUCUUUAUACAAUUAACCGAAAAUCCGUGCAGUGUCGACCGAAUUCGCUAAUCACGUUAUCGUGAUUUGCUUCAAUUCAGUUUCACGUCGUCGUGUUAAGUACAGUGGCAAUUGCUGUUAAAAACCAUUAAUUUGUUUGUUCCAGCCUUGGGUUUCGUGUACCACCUAGCGCUUACGGAUGAUACAGGAUUGCGCGUGCAUGCAUAUGGAACGCAAUAGAUAAAGGUUACAAAGGAUUUCCUGUUUCAUUUUGUGUGUACUGGAUCAGUGGAUGAGAAACAUUGCUCUCAAGUACUGAAUUAAGCGAUGGCUACAUCCAAGUGUUCAUAAAUGUGCAAUUUAAUAGGCUUCUCAUAGUCAUACUAGGCCACACCACACUCCUUCCGUCUCUGGAUAAUGUUUAUGAUUCAUUGCCUAUAAACAAACUGUAAACUGCACAGCUGUGGUAAAUGUAGUUUCCUUCUUUGAGACCAGAGUUCAGUGUUUCAAAAUUUUAUAUGUGACUUGCUUAACUUAAAUUGCUUCAGAACUGCAUUUCAUGUUUUGUCAUUAGACUCACAUUAUACUAAUAUAAUAAAGCAUUACGGAAACACAGUUGGCUGAACUAAACUUUGAGUGGUAUUUUUCAAAAGUUGGAAUCAUACAGUAGAUUACAUCAGCUUGGAGUUUUCCUUGUGUUGAAUAUCAGAGUAAACAAAUGGAUGAUUUAGACUCGCAACGUAAACAAGGCACAAGAGUGUUUAAGAAGAGCAGCCCCAAUGGCAAAGUCACAGUCUACCUCGGAAAACGAGACUUUAUUGAUCAUCUGACCCAUAUUGACCCCAUAGAUGGCGUUGUGCUGGUGGACCCAGAGUACUUGAAGGAACGCAAGGUCUACGCACACGUGUUGGCAGCGUUCAGAUAUGGACGUGAGGAUUUGGAUGUCCUUGGUCUCACUUUUCGCAAAGAUCUAUUUCUUGCCUCGAUGCAGGUGUACCCUGCAGUGAAAGACCAACAUAAACCACUGACAAGACUACAAGAACGCCUCAUCAAGAAACUUGGACCCAACGCUUACCCAUUCUUCUUUGAGUUACCUCCCAAUGCCCCUGCAUCCGUCACCCUGCAGCCUGCUCCAGGGGACACAGGAAAGCCGUGUGGUGUUGACUAUGAACUGAAGACAUAUGUAGCAGAGAGUCUGGAUGAGAAACCUCAUAAAAGGAACUCUGUUCGCCUGGCCAUCAGAAAGCUUACCUACGCACCAGAGGAGCCUGCGCCCCAGCCUAGCGCGGAGACGUCAAAAGAUUUCAUGAUCAGCCCGGGAAAUAUCAAGCUGGAGGCGUCCUUGGACAAAGAGAAAUACUACCAUGGCGAAAGUAUAGCCGUGAAUGUGCUAGUUGAUAACAAUACAUCAAAGACAGUGAAGAAAGUAAAGCUAUCAGUGAGACAGUUUGCCGAUAUUUGUUUGUUUUCGACUGCCCAGUACAAAUGCACAGUAGCAGAUUUAGAAAGCGAAGAGGGUUUCCCCAUUCAGCCUAGUCAGACCGGAUUUUGCAAAGUAUUUCACCUUACCCCGCUGUUGUCCAACAACCGGGACAAGCGGGGCCUGGCCCUUGACGGGAAACUGAAGCAUGAAGAUACCAACCUGGCAUCUUCAACGAUCGUACAGGACAAUGUGCCCAAGGAGAACCUUGGUAUUGUGGUCUCCUACAAGGUCAAGGUCAGACUGAUACUUGGCUUUGGGUCAGGGGACCUGGCGUUAGAGCUGCCGUUCACCUUGACCCACCCCAAGCCCCCUGAGAGCCCACCCCCUUCAAGGUCACUGAGCAUUAGCAAGCCAUCGGCAGAGGGCAACGAACAGCCCGUGGACACAAACUUGAUACAGCUUGAUACAAAUGAUGAGGGUUAUGAGCAUCGUGACGAUGAUUUCAUAUUCGAGGAUUUUGCCCGACUCCGUCUCAAAGGUCAUGAUGGGGAUGAUACUGAGGCAUAGGUCAAAAGUCACAACCCAAUCAUCACACCUUCAUGACCUUGACCUUCAUGAUCGCCCCAAGGGUUACUGCAAUUAAGGCCACUAUGUUUGUAUGGGUACUACAGAAACAACUGCCUGGGCCGGGCCCAACAUGAGAGUCUGAUGUUGAUGUUAAUCAUUGAGUUUUUUAUUUAACAUAUAGUUGUUUAUUUAUAUAUAUGUACCGGUAUGUACAGUAUUACAUGUUUAUUUUCCUAGGGUCUCAUGGUAAAUCUAAAGGGUGUGUAGAGAACUUUGAAAAUUUCAUAGCAUGGUUCUCAUUAGUAUAGUCAUAUGUUACAAAUGAUGUCACUGUUACUUCAAUCUUAAAUCAACUUUAUGCUUUAUAAUAUAACUUUCUAAAAGAAAAAAAGAAAGAAAAAGAAAACCAGCACAUUUUGAGGUUCCCAUGUCAAGAUUUUCAUUACUGUCCAGUAAACAUUUUGUGAAUCUAAUUUACUGAAGUAUGCAAAGAUAAACACUGGGUGGACACUAUUUGUGCAAAUCGAGCUCAGAAGGACCUCAUAAAAUUUUUAAUGAGUCGCGUUCUUAGAAAGCGGGGUAUAAUGCAUGUGCGUAAAGUGUCAUCCCAGAUUAGCCGGUGCAGUCUGCACAGGCUAAUCAGGGACUAUACUUUCCGCUUAUAUGGUAUUUUUAGUUUUAAGGAAGUCCCUCCUUACCCAAAAUCAAGUUUAGGUGGAAAGUGUCGUCCCUGAUUAGCUUGUGCGGACUGCACAGGCUAACCUGGGAUGACACUACGCACAUGCAUUAUGCCCAGUUUUCUCAGAACACGACUCAAAUACACACCACAGUUGCUACAAUAUAUGGUAUAAUGAUCUAAUCUGUUUUAAACUUGUAUUGUUUCAAAGUUCAGAGAAACAUGAAAUAAAGAUAAAACAGUUCAAUUUUAAUAAUCCUCAGUGGUCUGGCAAAAAAGUAACUGAUGGCACAAAUUCAUGGAACAGAAUAAAAAUGUUUGAAGUUUAAUUUUUAAGUUGCAAAUGCAGAUUAACCUGUUGUAUUCAACUUACAGAUAACAUGAUGAUUGUUUGGCAUGUUACGAUUGUAUUAACAGUCAAAACAGCCUUACACCUUACACAUGUGCUACAUGUUUUAAAGUUUUCUCAUUACUAAUUACAUUUUGUUGUGCUGUAUUUAGCAAAAAGCGCAGAUGGAGCACUGUCAAAGAACAGUUGGUGGUCAAAGAAAACAUUGAGGCAGAAGCAGAAAUUGGUGGUGUCUUUUUGGGCUAAAACUUUCACAUUUUUUCAUUUUUGUUGUUGUUUAUGUUGUUAAAACAAAGCAGUGUUUAAAAAAGAAAUAUUUAAAAGAUGUGUAUGUGUAUAUUGUAUAAUAUUUACUAUGUGAUUAAAUGUUGAAAUAAUUAUAUUUUGAAAACAAUAUCUGUUAAUAUUUUCUUUUGUUUUGAGCAUAAUAAUUCACGAUGAUCUGGCUUUAAGAUAAAACUUACAAAGAUUGUGCUACGUUGAUCAUGUACAUUUUACAGAUUCACAUAGUUUCAAAAAACACAAUGAGACUUGAAAGAAGAACUAGCACAUAUUAAAAUGAAGGUUUUCUCUUGUGAUUUUUGUAUGUUUAAUUUCUAUAUGUAAGAAUAUGUAUACUAUUGCAUAACUAGAUAUUCAGUGCUGUAUUUUUACAGUUAAAUAGUUAAGCCUGUGGGUGUACAUAACAGGUGUUCUCAAUAAACAUGUGGAUAUUUCAUAUAAUGUUGUUUAAUGUUGGGUGUUGUCAAACUUGUCCGAUGGAUGAUAAAAUAUUGUGUCACAUAUUGGUCCUCAUGUUAAUGUUACAAUCAUGACUUUAUUACAGCAAAUAUAUGAGGUGAUGUGGCAUCGAUAGAAUAGAUGACAAUGAGUGAUAACAUUUCAGGAAUCAUAUUUUUAUGAUAUCAACUGACCAUGUAUUCUUUCUGUUUUCUUUUUGGAAUACAAGGUAGUUAACAAAAAAUGAAUAUGUGUCUUGAAAUUGUGGCAAUAUUAUUUUAUUAAAUAUGAAAAAUGAAAUAUAUCCGUUAUUGUUUUAUUUAAGGCAAUGACCCCUUUCCCACUGGACAAUAUAAAUACAACAAAACACUACAUUAAAGGGCAUUGAUCACAGAUUCAAAAUUGUUGGUCAUUCAUUCAAAAAGGAAUGAAAACAUUAUGUUUAAACAAGCGUAACAACACUCCUGAUUAAUAAAAAUGAUAAAACUAUUGGGUCAUCAAUGGUUACAUUCAAAAUCAGUAAAAUUAUGAAUAAUUUGAAAAAAGUAAGUGUAUAACUGUGUAGCGUUUAGUCCCAAAUCCAACAUCUAUUUGAUGAGUGUUUUCAGUGUCUUUUUCAUAUAAUUGCAGGCACUGAUUUUUGGUUAGAAAAGGACUUCAAUACAUCAAAAUAAGUUACUUGCUUUCAUUUUACAGUCCAGUCCAGUUACUUUCUUCCUAUUCAGAUAAUUGAGAAUUAUUUUUGCAAAGCUUGGUGCAAUUCUCAUAAAAUUAUUUUCUUCUGCGUUUUUGCCGAGUAUGAAGAAUUCAAUUGUUCUUUGGAAGACAAAUUACUUGUUGCCAAUAUAUUGAGGCACUAAACAUAAAUGUAAUAUGCGAUCUUGUUCAAUAUUUAUUAAUGUAACAUGACAUUAUUUUACCAAUCUUUUAUCAUACGCUGUAUACCCAUUGUGAAUUGUGUUGUUAUGCCCCACUUCGAAGAAGAGGGGGUAUAUUGUUUUGCACAUGUCGGUCUGUCGGUCCGUCCACCAGAUGGUUUCUGGAUGAUAACUCAAGAACGCUUAGGCCUAGGAUCAUGAAACUUCAUAGGUACAUUGAUCAUGACUGGCAGAUGACCCCUAUUUUCAGGUCACUAGGCCAAAGGUCAAGGUCACAGUGACUCGAAAUAGUAAAAUGGUUCCUGGAUGAUAACUCAAGAAUGCUUACGCCUAUGAUCAUGAAACUUCAUAGGUACAUUGAUCAUGACUGGCAGAUGACCCCUAUUGAUUUUCAGGUCGCUAGGUCAAAGGUCAAGGUCACAGUGACUCGAAACAGUAAAAUGGUUUCCGGAUGAUAACUCAAGAAUGCUUACGCCUAGGAUCAUGAAACUUCAUAGGUACAUUGAUCAUGACUGGCAGAUGACCCCUAUUGAUUUUCAGGUCACUAGGUCAAAGGUCAAGGUCACAGUGACUCGAAACAGUAAAAUGGUUUCCUGAUGAUAACUCAAGAAUAAUUAGGCCUAGGAUCAUGAAACUUCAUAGGUACAUUGAUCAUGACUGGCAGAUGACCCCUAUCGAUUUUCAGGUCACUAGGUCAAAGGUCGAGGUCACAGUGACAAAAAAUGUAUUCACACAAUGGCUGCCACUACAACUGACAGCCCAUAUGGGGGGCAUGCAUGUUUUACAAACAGCCCUUGUUUCAAUACAUUUUCAUUUGUUUAUGAUUCCCCCCUUAGCGUAACACUGGUGCUUUGUAUAUUUUUGUGACCAAUAUUACCUAUGGUGUUGUCUUUUACUUUUCAGGUAUUAUUAUGCUAAAAAACAUCACAAGUUAAAUGUAAGCACUUUGUUGUAGGCAUCUUUAGUCUUGAAAUUGUAGGCUUUAGUCAUGAAUGUCACAUAAAUACAUGUGUCAACAUGUUUUCUCAAUUUAAAUGUUAAUUGACAUAAUAGUUGGGAAUAUACAGAUUUUGUUUGACCA